AUGCCCAGAGGACAAAAGAGUAAGGCUCGUGCUCGUGAAAAACGUCGCCAAGUCCAGGAAGAGGCCCAGGGCCUCAAAGAUGCUCAAGCAAAUGCCUUGAAGAAAGGAGAGUCAGCUGCCUGCCUUGAUCAAGCUUCAGGAGAUGCUGUUGCAAGCACCUCUACUGCUGGCUUCUCACAGCCGUCUCAAAGCUUAGCACCAAGCAACACUGGCAGCAAAGGCAUGGCCUGCAGAAAGUCUGACCAGAGCCGAGGGGAUGAAAAUAGGAGUUUUUCCAGGGCCCCACUUGCCACUGGAAGCACACAGAUGGAUCUGAUGACCAGGAAGACCGGAAUGCUGAUGGAGUACAUGCUAUGCAAGUACAAAGUGAAGCAGCCCAUGAGGAAGGGAGAAAUGCUCAAAGUUAUCAACAGACGGUUCAAAGACCACUUCCCCGAGAUCCUCAAGAAAGCCUCCUAUCGAUUGGAUGUGGUGUUUGGCCUUGAGUUGAAAGAAAUCCAGCCCCAUGGCCAAGCCUAUGAGCUUGUCAGUAAGCUAGAAUUCCAGGAUGAUGGAAGUGGGAGCAGUGAGCUGGGUCUUCCUACUAGGGGCAUUCUGAUCCCCCUCCUAAGUGUGAUCUACUUAAACAACUACUGUGCCCCGGAGAAGGAGGUCUGGCAUUUCCUGAAUAUGUUAGGAGUCUAUGAUGGGAUCUCACACCUCAUCUUUGGAGAUAUCAGGAAGCUCAUCACUGAAGAUUUAGUUCGAGAACAAUACCUACAAUACUCUCAGGUUCCUAACAGUGAUCCUCCAUCCUAUGAGUUCCUGUGGGGCCCAAGAGCCUAUGCUGAAACCAGCCACGUAAAAGUGAUGGACUUUUUAGCAAAGGUCAGUGAAACCAUGCCUGGUGUUUAUUCAUCUCAUUAUGAACAGACUUUGAUUGAAGAGGAAGAGAAAGCCCAAGCCGAAGCUGCAGCCAAGGCUGGCACUAAAGGCAAAGUCAAGGGACAUUCUAAGUCCAAGUUAAGCAAUCCUACUCACUAG